AUGACAAAUUGUGAGACUUCACCAAUUUCCAGUACAAGUAAAUUUAGCUCAUAUAACAUUCAUUCAUCACCUAACACACCUGCAUCCACAUUCUAUACUACUGGUUCUUCUCCUUAUACUUUAUCUCAAUUCACAAGUCCAACAAAAUCUACAAAUGAAACCACAACACUAUCUCCAAUGCUUACACCAUUUAAAUAUUCAAAUAUUCAUACAGGUACAUCAAAACCCAUUAAUACUAUCACAAACUCAAAUUCAACAUCUACAUCGUCUAAAGCUUCAAGCACAUCUGCAAGUCCAUCAAAAUCUACAACUCCAACUAGAUUUCCUGUAAUUAAAUUUGUAACAAAACCUACUAAUACAACCACAACCUCAACUCCAAUCACUUCACCACCAAAACCUGCUAGUGCCAUCACACAUAUAACUUCAUCAAUCAUAAAACCUACUAAUACUAUCACAACUUCAAUUUCAACGCCGUCCAAAGCUUCAAGUACACCUGCAAGUACAUCAAAAUCUACAACUCCAACUGCAUUUCCUAUAAUUAAAUUUGUAACGAAGCCUACUAGUACCAUCACAACAUCAACCCCAAUGGCUCUACCACAAAAACAUACUAGUACCAUCACAACCUCAACUCCAAUGGCCCCACCACAAAAACAUAGUACCAUCACCCCUCUAAAUCCAACGGCUACUUCAUCUAUUAUAAAACCCACUAAUAUUAUCACAAACUCAACUUCAACAUCCACACCAUCCAAAGCUUCAAGUGCACAUGCAAAUGCAUCAAAAUCUACAACUCCAACUAGAUUUCCUAUAAUUAAAUUCGUAACGAGACCUGCUAGUACUAUCACAACCUCAACCCCAAUGGCUCCACCACCCAAACCUACUAGUACCACCGCACCUCUAAAUUUGACAGCUAUCUCAUCUAUUAUAAAACCCAUUAAUAUUAUCACAAACUCAACUUCAACAUCCACACCAUCCAAUGCUUCAAGUAUACAUGCAAAUACAUCAAAAUCUACAACUCCUAGAUUUCCUAUAAUUAAAUUCGUAACGAGACCUGCUAGUACCAUCACAACCUCAACUCCAAUGGCUCCACCACCCAAACCUACUAGUACCACUGCACCUCUAAAUCCGACAGCCACCUCAUCUAUUAUAAAACCCAUUAAUAUUAUCACAAACUCAACUUCAACAUACACACCAUCCAAUGCUUCAAGCAUACAUGCAAAUACAUCAAAACCUACAACUCCAACUACAUUUCCUGUAAUUAACGAAACCAGAACAAUAAUUCCAGUUGUAAGACCUGCCACAACCACAAUCUCAACUGAUAAUAAAAUUUCAAUUAAUUCUGCAAUCCCGUUUACAACCACAAACGUGACACAAACUUAUUCUACAACUUUAAUCCAAUCUAAUUAUAAACCCAUAACUUCAAAUAAAAUUUCAACAAGAAAUUCAAUUGGAACUUCAAUCCCAGUUUCAACUCUAGCACAACCAUCACUUGAAUCACAAUCUUUAUUAAGCUCUUCACUUAAUUAUACUCAAGCUCAAACUCAAUUCACUAAUUCUUCAUUUGAAACUCAAGCUUCUUCAAAUUUGAUUAGUAUGCCAAUGUUUAUUGACUCUAAGAUGCACAGCAAAUUCAUUAGCUCAGCCAUAGAUACCACACCACCUAUUAUCAAUGCAUCAGAAAAUAAAAAGAAUGUAAUAACAACUCAUAGAAAAAAUAGACAACGUCAUUCAGAAAAAAUUCCUUUGAUAGUAAUUUCACCAACAUUAGAUUUCUUGAGUGAUAAUAAUACUGAUAUUUCGGAUCUAGAAAUUGAUUAA